AUGUGGGAUUCGAAGACAGUCCGCGGAAUAGUGCUGUUGGUUUGUGGAAUGGAGUGCUUAGUCCAAUCAGCCAGUAACUGUACAUUAAAGAUAAUACAGAAUGGAAAAGAGAGAACUGACAUUUCCUGUGUAGAAUACACCAUCCCAGCAGCAGAUUGUCGCAUACCCAAUAAUGCCAACCUUCCUAUAGUCGACGAGGACACCGGAGCGAUUGAAUCUGCUAAGAAUUUUGAAUCUGAUGUGAAGAGGAAUAUACGAAAUAUUUCUGAAGUUACCUGGUAUAUACCAAGACUACGUCUAUCCUGGAACCUACCCAUAUCUUCUAACGCCGUCAAGAAUUUAAAAGGGUUUAUGGUAGAUGGGGUGUGUGUGGCUGGACAAUCCUGUUCCACGUCUGAUUUCUGUACCAUGUUCCAGCUGACAGGGGCUGAGUUUACGUCUUCAGAUUGGAAUGUGACAUUUGAAUAUGAGAAAGAUUUGAAUAUUUCCUCUACGUAUUAUCAUUUGAAGUUGUUUUCUCUGCCGAGAACGCUGACUGAUGGAAGAUUAGUAAAGCAUCAUUAUAGAAAUAUCAACGGUGCCUCCAAUAACGGACCCACGAAGGAUUCUAUCAAGUGGACAACUUCAACAAAAUUACAAUUUAAUGACAACAACGUCACGCUGAGCUUCAAUUACCCGGGAUUUAGUUUCACACAUUUUGAGAUUGGUCUGAAAAAUCCUAAAACUUCUGGUCUGAUACAAUCCAAGGAUUUCGUACGUGUACAGAAUUCACCACAUGCCGAGGUUACAUUUUAUAAUAUACCGACUGGCCAAUACAUUCUAGAUAUUGAACCUAAAGAUCAACAUCGGAAUGAUGAUGAUAAUUGCCAGUGUUAUGUAAUAGACGCUAUGAACGAAAAAUAUUGUGAGAUGAGAUGCGGUUCUGUUUUAACUCCGCAGUUUAAUGUCACGGCACCAGAUGUACCGACGACAACAUCAUCCCCAACCUCGACAUCAACAUCAGAUAGAGAUUUAGAUGAAACAUCACCAUCUCCCGAAUCGUCUGAAACUCCUAACGGCCUACCUGGUAUAACUGGUCCCAACAUUGGAGAGGUUAACAAAUCAAAAGAUAACGACCCGUUGACGAUCGGUCUAGCUGUGGGUUUGACGAUUAUAUUCGCUCUUGGAACGGCUGCUCUUUUGUAUUACAUGUUAAAAUGCAGAAAAGGAGGUGAUGAUGAUCCUGCAAGUUUACAAGAAAAGAGUUCGUUUGACCAGUUUAGAGAAGCGGCCAUCAGAGAGAAGACGGUGUUUGUGUUAAGCGCAGACGAUCACGCGCAUCAUCUGGAUGUCGUGAAACAGUUAGUGAUCUUCUUGAAAGACAAAUGCCAGUGUCGAGUUAUCUACCCUCCGUGGGAGAUCAAACAGAUCGGUUCUGACUCGUGGAGAGGCUGGCUGCAUAAGAGUCUGGACAAGGCUGAUUACGUUCUUGUGGUGAAUUCCGAGGUGAGCUAUAAGCUAUUGAAGGCGUCCAUCAGUAAUGAGAGUUAUAAUUAUAAAGUGUUAACUGACUCUGCUAAUUUAUUUCCGGAGGUGCUGGCUGAGAUAUUGAAGGAAAACAGGCAACUGGAGAAUGUCCAUAAAGGUGUUUCAAGAACCACUGCUGCUAUGGGUACCAACGGUGGUAAUCGCUUAGAUACAGAUAAAUUCCUUACCGUGUCCUUCUAUUACACACCGAAAGAAUUUUAUUUGUCCGAUUUCCGAAUUAAUUUUGAAUUGCUUCAACAGUUACCCAAUCUGAUCCGUUACAUCCACCAGUUGCAGGCUAAUUCCUAUAUUCCACUUGAUCUUAAAGACGUGUUUACCGACGUGCCUGAAAGUAGCUGUAAAGCUGAUCUUGAAAAUGCCAUAUUAAAAGCAGGACGAUUUGAGAAGAGUGACGUUUUGUGGUUUUCCGAACGGUUCGGAGAUGCUUAUAGGCGUGAAACAGAACGACAGGAUUCUGGAUAUGACGAACAUGAUAUAUCCCGAAGUAGAAGCACAUCUCAGAAAUCCGACCGAGAAUCCACUGACGAGUUCGGUUUUUACCCACCGAGUAUUUUUGAUGAUGGUCAGUCAAGAGUUACUGCCCCUGAUGUUGGUGAAACUAUGAGUUAUGGAAAUUUCUCUUUUAUACCACCCGAUGCUGUGUCACGUGGUUUGUCGGAGUUUUGCGCGCCAACAGACGACCAAGAUGGCGUGGACAUUUGUACUAUCAGCCGACAGUUCCGAGAUAUUAAUAAAAACUAUGAAGACAAUACGUGUACUGAGAUAUAG